AGAGUGUGGGGCGAGGGUGGGGGUGUGGGGUAGUCAGGAUUGAGCCGAGGAGCAGUUGGGACGAGAGCAAGCACGAUGUCGGCGCAGAGGACGACCCACACGAAGCCUGGCACAAUGGAGUGCCUUUUUAUACAAAUGCGCGAGUGCGUGGAAUGUGGAGAUCCUUAACAACUUCCGAGCUCGCCGACGGAUUUUUUUUUUUUAAUUAGCUCUUGGAAUUCCUUCCCUGCGGUGCCUGCUGCCACAAAGCGGACAUCUGAGUUAUUUACGCGCUGUCCGCGGGACGUUUGUUGCGUAAAGCGCCGAGCACCAUGAACUACAGCAACAACCAAGCGGACAGCGACAUCCAAAGAAAAAUCGACCAUGAGAUCCGAAUGCGCGACGGGGCCUGCAAGCUGCUGGCCGCCUGCUCGCAGCGAGAUCAGGCCUUGGAGGCGGCCAAGAGCCUGCAGACGUGCAGCACCCGCAUCAUGGCCUACAUGUCCGAGUUGCAGAAGAUGAAGGAGGCGCAGGUCAUGCAGAAGGUGACGCGCAGGUCGUCCGACGCGGGGCCCAUGGACGACAGACUACCGUGCAAAGGCAAAGUGGCCAUAUCGGAUCUCCGUAUACCGCUCAUGUGGAAGGACACCGAGUAUUUCAAGAACAAAGGAGAGCUCCAUCGCUGUGCAGUCUUUUGCCUCCUGCAGUUAGGAGGAGAGAUCUUCGACACGGACAUGGUGAUCGUGGACCGCACGCUCACGGACAUUUGCUUCGACAACACCAUUGUGUUCAGUGAAGCCGGCCCCGCUUUCGAGCUGCGCGUGGAGCUGUACAGCUGCUGCUCAGAGGACGACUUCUCAGCCGGGAGCACCCCCAGGAAGCUGGCCAGCAAGCUGAGCUCCUCCUUGGGUCGCUCGGCUGGGAAGAAACUGCGGGCGGCCAUGGAGCCCGGGCCGUGCAGCCCAGUGAGCAAUGGAGGGGCCUCUCCUCUCCUGCUGCCCGUUCCUUCUGUGCCAGGCCCCAAGUACCACCUGCUGGCUCACACCACCCUGUCGCUGUCACACGCCCAGGACAGUUUCCGUACGCACGACCUCACCAUCUCAGGCAACGAAGAGUGUUCAUACUGGCUGCCCCUCUAUGGAAGCGUGUGUUGCCGCCUUGCAGCCCAGCCUCAGUGUAUGACCCGGCAGAUGAUGAGUGGACCUUUGAAAGUGUCGCAGUUGGGAGGUGGACCACACAGCUGGACCAACGUGUAUGCAGUCCUGAAAGGAACCAGCCUCUCCUGCUAUCAACAACAAAAAGACAUCCAGGACAGCGUGGAUCCGGCGUUCACCAUCGCCAUCAACAAGGAGACGAGGAUACGCGUGUCGGAGAAGGACGCUCAGGGCAAAGCUCAGAACGUUUGCAUCAGCAACCAGUACGGCGGCGAAGACGUCACGCACAUGCUCACCACAGACAGUCGAGAGGAGACGCACAGGUGGAUGGAGGCCUUCUGGCAACACUUCUACGACAUGAGUCAGUGGAAGCAGUGCUGCGAUGACUUGAUGAAAAUUGAACAGCCGUCACCACGGAAACCGGCCCCCGUCACGCCGAAGCAGGGCUCCCUUUACCACGAAAUGGUUAUUGAGUCUUCUGACGAGUUUGGCAGCAGCGUGUCCGACAUGUUGGCCCGGAGGAUGCAGGAGUUGGAGCUGCGUAGCCAGCUGGGCACCUCUCCCACCUGGAUGUCCUUCUUUGAGGAGAACCACCCCAAAAGCGUCGGCCUGCCUCAUCCGUGUACCUCUCGCCUGGCGGGCCACGGCCCCCUCAAUCCCCACCGCCUCUCGCGGAGCCCCGCCAGCCCUCCGCGGGCUCUCCUGUCCUCGGACGCCAGCCUGACGUCCGACAGCGACAGCCACUGCAGCACCAGCCCCUGCUCGCACCACCACGGCUGGCCCGACACCCCGCCCUUCUCCCUGUCAUCCCAAUCCCGCUUGAGGCCACGCACGCUCUCGCUGGACGCCAAGCUGAGCACGCUGCGGGGGAGAGGCUACACAGGAGGGGGCGCCUUCCACUGCCCCUGCCGGGCUCCCGCUUCGUCCUGCUCGCCGCUGUCCCAGCGCAGCACCCAGACCACGCUGUCCUGCUCCAGCUCCACCUCCAGCAGUAGCUCCAGCAACAGCGAGGGCGGACAGAGCCCGGAGUUGUCAGAGUGCGCCGCCUUCUCACGACCCUCGCCGGCCAGACGCAGCCUCAGGAACCUCAAGGCCAGACUGGACCCCCGCAACUGGCUCCAAAGUCAGGUGUGACCUCAAUCCGAGGAGGCUCUUCCGCGAUACUGGUGACAAUCACUGGGAGCUAUUGGCCCAUUUUGCGAGGUUUGGGGUCGUGCUGCUUGGGAGCACCUGUCGACUUUUCCCCAUUUCAAACUGGAAUUUACCUUUGACUCAUUUCUCCAUCCUGGCUUCACCAUCAUUGUCAUCUCUGUUCAUUCACUAGCAUUUUUGUUGUGACUGAAAAGCGUUUUACUAACAAAGGUGUCUAGUAUGUAUGUCGUCAAUAUGAGUGAGCGUGUGAUGGAAUGCCUCGAAAGCAGUGGUGUCCAAACUACAGUCUGGGGGCCAUUUCCGGCCCAUGACGGAUGCUGACGUGAACAAAUAUGGUACGUUCCAAACUUAGAUACGGAAUGAAUAAAACUCUUAUCUCAAGACACCAUUGUACCUUUUGUUUUCUAAACUUGCUGACAGAGCAGGAGAAGAAGAAGAAAUUGGUUCCCACGUCACUCGCCACAAAAUGAAUAAAGAUGAUUCAGGUACGGCAGCAACUUGCGUAAAUGCCAAUUGUUUGCUCCACUUUCUGCCCUGCGUCAAGGGCCAUCUUAGCACAGUGUGCGCUUGUAAUGGAAAUGUAUAUACCGUACAGUAAUAUAUAAAAGCAUUUUAUAAUUGCUUUAUUUAUCUUUACCCGCGCUGAUGGUUUGGUUUAAGCGCGUCAAAUAAUCGGAAGGUGAAGAAUUAUCAAGGUGGACCUUGCAUCCUUUGAUUUUUCUGCAUGGGGCCCUUGGAAGAAAAAGUCUGGACACCCCUGCUCUUAAAGGGUCACUGUCUCUUGCCAGUACUGUGAUAUGUAACUGUUGAAGAAUACUCACACACAAGAACGAUCUGCUGUCACUCCACUACACUGCACCAGGAGAUAUUGUUGCUAUUUUUAACUUGCGUGAUUUGGCUGACAUCUCAUAUGUUUCAGAUUUGAUGACAUGAAGCUGUUCAUCACUGGUCAUUACUGUGAUUGCUUCAAAGGGUUCAAAUGAUAAAAUCUGGCUGUUUACAGAAGGAGGCAUAGGGCCACACCAUAAAUUUGAACAUACAUUUAUUCAAUAAAGUUAUAGUUAGAUGAUGAAAGAUCAAACAAGAGGUUUUAUUUUCGUUCCCAACCCAGUCAACCAAAUAUUUAUAUGUAUAAUUUCUUUUAUUCAUCUGCAUGGAAAAAUCCCCCAACAAGGCAAAUUCCCUAUGGGACAUCACUGACCGUCAUUGUCAAACGUACCGUACGUAUAACUUGAUCGACACAAUACUACCAUUGAGCUAGUAGUAAUAUUUUUGCUUCAUUUGCUAUCAUUGCAAGUUCAUUUUUUUCUGCACUGAUAAGUUGCUGAAGUAAGAGUCUGAUUACCUUCUUGUAAAAGACCACCCCACCCCCUUCCCCCUUCUCCCUUUGUUGUCAUUUUGGUGUUUGUCUCCUAAAAUGUUAAACUUGGAUUUUUUUUUCAGUGUGGCUUUAACCAUCCUUGGUAAAGUAGAACAUGAACAUGCCCCUGUUUAACAGUUCAUAUAUAAAAAUAGUUGUUUUUUUUUUUCUCUGAAAUAUAAGACCAUGUA